CGAAACCGCAUACAUGCACAGCGUUCGCCCAUACUACCCCUCCGCAACGUACCACCACCCCACCAGCAACAGCCUGAACAUCAUCGAGCUCGGCGACCCCGCCUCGUCCUCUGCGUCCUACGCAGCGUCCGCGCACAACAACCCGUACGCCAGCUCCUCCUCGACCCUCAGCCUCCACCAGCAGGCCGCAGCCGCGCAGCGCCAUGGCGACUCGCCGUCGCACAUGUACAAGAAGCGCAAGAUCGAGCGCGCAUGCGACGCCUGCAGGCGGAGGAAGACCAAGUGCGACGGCCCGCGCAUGCCCGACAAUAUAUGCACCAACUGCAUACAGAACCGCAAGACGUGCUCUUACGUUGAGGCGUCCAAGCCACGCGGACCGCCCAAGGCGUAUAUCACGAGUCUCGAAGAUAGGCUGGAGAAGAUGGAGGCGCUCUUGAGACGUCUUCGACCCGAAGCCGACUUCUCCUCCGAACUCGGACCCCCCGUCGUCCGCGACUCAUGGAAGAGCGACACUCACCCGUCCAAACAACACACCCCGCACGAGAAAUCGACAUCGCCCUCCGCACCGCCGGCGCCGCCACACACCCAACGAUCCAAACCGUCCCCACCGCGCGCGAUCUACUCGGUCGGCGUCGCAGGCAACAUCCCGCCGUCCGCGGGCCACGGCCACGGCACGGGCGCAGGGGGCAUGCGCGGCGACAACACCGACGACGAGCAGCUCUCCUCCGAGUGGGACUCGUCCGAGAGCGAGGGCGUCGGCGAGCUGAGCCUCUCGCGCGGGAUGAAGCGGCUCACGAUCCGCGGGCUCGAGGCCGCGCUCGACCCGGAUGUGCUCGCCCACGGCGGGGUUGGCGCGGGCGCGGGCGCGGGCAGUAUCGCGGUGGCGCUGGGGGACGCGGCGCAUGCGCAUCUGAUGGAUAAUCAGGUCCGGUUCCAUGGGAAGAGUAGUGCGUUUAAGCUUAUUGAGCCGACGCGGAAGCUGCGGGAGGAGCAUAUUACCAAGGUUGGCGGUGGGGGUGGGGGUAGUGGGGCGGCGCCGGGGGAGAGCGAGGGAGGGGGGAGGGCGGGCAGCGGGCUGUCGCCGGAUGCGGGCGGGCAGGCGUCUGUGAGACGCCCGGAGUUCUGGGUCGUGCCUCCUUGGGAACUCGCGUUCGAAGGCUUCGAAAACCGCCUCGGCGGGAUCUGCCUCGCGCUCACCGCCGAGUUCCCGCCAGACGACCUCGCCGAGUCGCUCAUCGCGCUCUUCUUCACGCACAUCAACCUCACGUACCCCGUCUUCCACCAGCCGACGUUCGAGCGCCAGUGGCGCGCGGAGAAGCUGCACACGCGCGACCCGUGGUUCGCGUGUCUGUGCCUCGCGACGUUCGCGGUCGCGAGCCGGUGGAGCGAGGACCCGCGCGUGCUUGGUGACUACCAUUCGGAUCUGCCGCGCGACGAGCGGCAUGUGGAUGAGGCGACAACUAAGUGGCAGCGCGCGGGGUGGGGGUACUUUAAUGCCGCUGUCGAUGUGCACCGCGAUUCCCGCAGCCUGUUUCAUCCACCUGGGCUGUUCGAGGUCCAAACUAUGACUCUUCUCGGCAUGUUCCUGCAUGGAACCGCGUUCCACCCGGUCGCCUGGCUCUUCGUGAGCAUCGGACUGCGAAAGGCACAGGACGUGGGAGCGCACAGGAAGAAGGUGUACGGGGCGAGGCCGACCGUUGAGGAGGAGCUCUGGAAGCGGGCGUUUUGGUUGUUGGUGCUGUUUGACCGGAUCGAGAGCAGUAAUAUUGGGAGGUCGUGUUGCUGUGGGGAGGAAGACUUCGAUAUUGAGUUUCCGCUGGAGGUCGAUGAUGAGUACUGGGAGGCCGAGGAUCCGGAGAAGGCGUUCAAGCAGCCGGCGGAUAAGCCGUCGACGGUUUGUGCGUUCAACGAGCUGCUGAAGCUGAGCAAGAUCGCUGCUUAUGCAUUGCGUACGAUAGUGAGUCGCUUUUAUGUCAUGCUUUCCAUAUGUUUUCUCAGGAUGAGCGUUCAGUACGUGCUUGAUCGAUCAAAGCUCUCGGAAGCAUCGCGGCCGAGGUGGCGAGAAGUUCUGACGCAGCUGAACAAUGCUCUGGGAGAUUGGGCCAGCCAAGUGCCUGAGCACUUGAAAUGGACAAACAACCCCACGAACGAGUUAUUUGCGAACCAGUCGACGCUUCUCUAUACAACGUACUACGUCAUCCAGAUCGUCAUCUACCGGCCAUUUCUUCCUGCCCAUCUUAACUCGAGCCUCAAUAAACCUCCGCAUACCUCCAUGCCCAUUCCGUCAAUCGCUAUCUGCGUCAAUGCGGCUCGUUGUUGCGCUCGUAUCAUGCGCCAGCAACUAUCCCGAGGCAUGAACAAUACCUACAACCUGUUCACCACGGCACACGUGGGAGCGGCGAUCUUGCUGAUGCAUUACUGGGACAUGAAGUGGCAAGAACGAAACAGGAUCAAGGCGUCUUCUGAGGAUGUCAAGUCGCCGUACACUAUUCUCAUGGGCGAGCUUCUUGACGACAUCAACGUCUUCACUGGUGCCCUUGAGAUGGUCAAGAACAAGUGGCGAAUAGCAGACCUGUACCUCAAAAACCUCGGAGCAUCCAUGCCCCACAAGUCGGACGACGCCGACUACAUGCCUUCGAGCCGCAUGAACGACUACGCGAUGCAGCCGGGCUUCUCACACGAAAUGCCCCCGCCGGAGUACCGCGCGCACCCGCCCGAAUACCGCCGCUCGCCGCCCGAGUACCGCGGCAUGCCGCCGCCGCCGAUCAACACGUACGCGACGUCGUACGAGGUCGAGACGCCGCAGCCGAGCCCGCACUUCUUCGAGCACUCGCACAUCACGCGCGACCUGCACUGGCUCCCGCAGUGGGCGCCGCUCCCGAUGACGUGGGCGGACGGGUCGGGGCAGCCGGUGUCGCAGCCGUACAUGGGCGCGGGGCCGAUGUUCGCGGCGCAGCAGCAGCAGCAGCAGCAGGCGCAGGCGCAGGCGCAUCCUCAUCCGCCGACGGGGCUGUCGGUGACUGCGAAGGAUUUCCCGGUGCCGCCGAUUUCGGGGAAUAGGCGGCAGUCGGUGUCGAGUCUGCAUUCGAUUGCGAGUUUCCAGUCGGGCUCGUCGAGCGUGUCUGUUGGGCUGGAUGGGCAGCCGGGGCCGGUGCUGUCGCGCCAGGUGUCGCCGCAUGGAAAUGUGUAUGCGAUGCCGCCUAGUGCAGGAGGGGUGUCGGUGCCGCAGCAGAUUCCGGUGUCUAGCGCGAGGUACGAGUGGACGCAGCAACAACAGUCGCCACAGGAUUGGAGUAGGGAUGAUCCCCGCUGGAACGCUAUGCAACAGUGAAGGUUUUCUGUGGGAUGAAUCGCCAACAACGACCGCCCUCAACGGGGUUCGAAUGUGUAGUGUAAUUUAUGACGGACUGGAGUGACGCUUUCAUGCUUUGGAAUUGGCUUACCCUAUGUAUGUGAGGCAUUCAUUUUUACGCUUUCGCUGUGCUCUGUAUUUGUCCAGUAUAUCGUUAAUGUUCUCAUAGUUGCUUUUGAUAUGUAUAAUGAUUCGUUCCCUAUACAGCAUUGAUUCCCAC